AUGGCUGCCGCCUCCGCGUUUGCCCACUACAAUGGCGCCGGCCAGAAGCGCGGCCAACUCACUGUCACCGCCCUCGGUCGCUGGUCCAGCCUCAACAAGACGCUUCCUGCUGUCGACAAGAUAUCCGCCCUCCACGUCUACGACUUUGACAAUACGCUCUUCAAAACUCCCCUCCCCAACUCCUCUCUGUGGACUGGCUCUACGAUCGGCAUGUUGUCCAGGCAGGACGCAUUCAUCAACAGCGGCUGGUGGCACGACAACCGCAUCCUCGGCGCCACCGGCCUCGGCCUCGAGCGCGAGGAAGCACGAGCCUGGGAGGGCUUCUGGAAUGAAAAGAUCGUCGAGCUCGUGCGCCUGACCGCUCAGCAGCCUGACGCGCUGUGCGUGCUGCUGACUGGCCGCGGCGAGCAGCGCUUCGCCGAUCUCAUCCGUCGCAUUGUCGCCAGCAAGCGACUCGACUUUGAUAUGCUCUGCCUCAAGCCCCAGGUCGGGCCCGACCACCAAAAAUUCUCCAGCACCAUGAAGUUCAAGCAGGCGCUGCUCACCGACCUCGUCGAGACGUACCGCCACGCCGACGAGAUCCGCAUCUACGAAGACCGCCCCGCGCAUACCCAAGGCUUCCGCGACUUUCUCAACGACUACAACGAUGCCCAGCGCGCGCAACCCACUCGAGGACCCAUCCGCGCCGAGGUCAUCCAGGUCACCGACGCUCAGGUCGCGCUCGACCCCGUCGUCGAGGUCGCGCAGGUCCAACGCAUGGUCAACGAGCACAACGCGGCCCUCCAGCAGCAGCCGCCGCACCUACGGCCCGACGCACUACGCAUCAAGAAGACCGUCUUCUUCGCCAGUUACGGAAUUCCACGCGCCGAUGCCGACCGACUAAUUGCCCUCAUGCCAACGAUUCCUACGCGACCAGGUGACAACUCGGUACGCCUCCACGGGACCAACAUCGUCAUCGUCCCGCGACCGUGCCCCAAGCCCAUUCUCGCCAAGGUCGGGGGCCUCGGCGCCACGAUGACGUGGCAAGUCACAGGCACCGCCUGCCUUCAGAACUCCCUUUGGGCCGCCUGCGUGACGCCCGUCCCGGCCACCGCCCCCUACCACACCGAUAGCCCCAUCCCGGUCGUCGUGCUCGCCUGCAAGAAGGGCGCGCGCCCGGCCGACGCCGCCAAGAUCAAUACGUGGUCCGCCCUGCCCCCCGAGCGUCGCUUCACCUUUACCACGACCGUCGGCGAGAAGGCGGUGCUGCGCGUUGAGGCUGACGACCCGCGCGAGGACGAGUACGCAAGCUUGUUUGCCAGCAGCAACAGCAACAGCUACCGUGGUAAUAAAAAUAACAGCGGCGGCAGCGGCGGUGGCAGAGGCGGCGGUGGCAGAGGCGGCGGUGUCCGCGCUAGCACCAAGCGGAAACACAACGACGACGACUGGAACCCGCCCAGACAACCCGCCGCGGAUGCUGCGGCGGCGGCUAAUGCCGGGCGCGGGGGCAGAGGAGGAGGUCGCGGCGGUCGAGGCGGCGCGGGCUCGGCUCGCGGGGGACGCGGCGGCAAGAAUAAGGGCAAAGGACGCGGCGGGUUCGCGCACUACCGGUCGCUCGACGACGUCGGCUCCCGCAACCCCGCGCCCGCCGAGGUGAACUACGACGACACCAACGCGCAGCCGCCGGCCAACGCGCCGACCGGUCCGCGCGGCGGCAAGGGCAAAAACGGCGGUCGCGGCGGCGGCAACCACGUGACGGACCUGCAGAGCUAUUACUGA